UACUGUUUGGUAUGGAUGACAUGAUUAUUUCUUCUUGCAGGAAGAUAAGGAGAAGUGGCUUGCAUUUCAAAAGAAAAAGUGGGAAUUUCAGUCCAAACAGCGAGCUGAGAGGAAGCGCCUACGGAAAGAGGCAGACACCAUGGGGAUAAGCACACUAGCAGUUGGGCGUGGCCCAUCCACUGGGUUGUCAACCUUCAUGAGACAGCAAGCAAGGUCUCUUGUAGACACUCCUUGGCAGAUAAUUCAGUUUGCUGAGACAAAUGAUCCAGGUACAUUCAAAGUGUGGGCAUUAGUAGGAGCAGAUCUCCAUGCCAUCAAAGUCAAUGUACCAAGGAUUUUCUAUGUCAACUGCCACACCCCAAAGGAAGGAGCUGGUACAACAUGGAGGAAAGUUUCCCGCACUCUUCCUCGAUCUCACACAGUUCUUAACCUGUAUGAGUAUACUGUUCCUGAAAAAAUAUUCAGGGAUCACUCAAGUGAGUUAGCUACAGAUUUGUCAUCUCCUGACAUUGAAGGAAUUUACGAAUCACAGGUGCCACUGUCUAUGAGAGCAAUAAUCAAACUCGGAUGUGUUUGUAAAGUGAACAAGAUCUUUGCAAAGCUUUUUAAUGGCAAGGACUUGGACACGUUCGAUCUGGACCAACUGGAGUUCAAGACUCUUGCAGAAUGUUCUUACAUGGAAAAUGCGAAUCUCAAGAGAAUGUAUUUCUACCACAGCUCCUCAGAUAAUCGUGUUAUACUUGCUAUCUUUGUCCCUGCUUCUCGCAAGGCUUCUGUGUUUGUAAUAGAUGCAGUGAGAAAUAACCAAAUGCCCAACCUGUCAUCUCUGUAUCAAACAGAAAGAACUGCAAGGUAUGAAGACCAGAACAAAAAAAAAUCUUGUAACUAAGAUGUGUUUGAGAUGUGCUGUUGUCUGUUAU